UUCUUUAACAGGAAGUUUCUCGAGAUCUGCAGGAUUUCCCCUCUCGAUCAUUAAUCAGCGAGAACGCGAGUGGUUCGUUACGUUGCCGCGUCCCAGAUGAGAUUCUAUUAUGUUUAUCGAUGCACGGUUACUCGCGAGUAAUUAUCUCGGCGGGUAGGCAAUGUUGAUUUCUAUUCCCAGAAAGAUAAAAUUCUAUUUGUUCGAGUAACAGCUGAAUUCGAAGCGUCGCAGCUAUUACCUUGAGCUCCUUCGACGAAGCGCAUAGUUUCAUUCGAAAAUGAUUGCUGGUUGUUUUAUCUCAUGGGACUUUUGUGAGGAGUUACUUCGAAGAUGUGUUAUUACACUUGCGUGGGUGGACAUCUUUAUUUUCAACAAUAAUAUCAAUUUCAAUUAGCCUGUUUUUAAAAAUAAUUUCAACUUCGACGUCUCCACUUUCAGAAAUACCUUCGUCUCAAGGCAUUCUAAGAUCGAGAACGAUCGUCGACCAUCGGUCUUAAUUCUAAUGUACCGUAUUCGAAGAAUGAGCACAGCUUCGGUGCUUAAUUACAUAAAUGAGCUCUCAUCAAACACAAUUCCUUAGCAGAAAGCUAAGCGAAUGUCAGAGAAACGUGAGAAACAUAAUCUUGCGACACGUCACCGCCUUCCGCCGUUUCUAAGAGAGGCGGGGCACGGAAGGAUGAAAUUAGUCUAACGAAGCUCUGCCUUUGCAUGACGCGAACCGAGAAGAACGCAUUAUUGGGUUAAGGACGUCACACGUCUUUCGUUUAUUUCGUUAUUACGAAAGAAUUUCCAUGGAAAUUGUAUCUUGGCUCCACGUUGCUGCAUAUUAUCGCUGUAUAUAGGCUGCUUCUAUUAUUUUCUCAUUUCGUUUCCACAUUCCGUAACGAAUCGCGUGUAGAGGUAUGAGCAAUCGCUGUGAGAUCAAUUUAAAAAAAAAAAAAAAAAAAGAAAAUCGAAUACAAUUGGUCAUCUUCAAGAAAACGCUGACAAUUUUAGAUCUAUAGAAAAGACGUGAAACGAAGUUGCAUACUUUGAAGAAUUAGUUAAUUAGUCAACGUUAGACAGCGUUGGUCGUGCAGUAUAAAAUUUUUGUCGAAUGACUAACGCUGUUUGAGAUUUCCAGUCCACUUACAGUCUUCGUGAUUAUAUAACACAAGGUACUAACAGUUUCUCUUAUAAUUGAUUUCACGUUAUCUCAAAGUGUGCAACUCCUUCGCUCGAUUUCCAUGUUUCAAAUUCCAUCUGUUUCAAAUUUCAUACAUCCCUGAUGAUACCGACUAAAUAUUUUUUUUUUUUUUUUUGUAAUUUCUGUUUUUCUUUCGUUUUGCAGACGAUGUAUACUGACGGUCUCCUAACACUCCAUUAUGGGAAGCAUCCAGCGACCUUGGCCGCAGAAGUCGGAGCCUGGUACACCGGGGACCGUCACGUGGACGUGACGUUGGCUUGCGACGAUGGUUCCGUCGUCAAGGCCCAUCGCGUAGUUUUGGCAGCAGCUAGUCCUCUAUUGGCUGGUCUCCUUCGUAACCCCGCCCUGGAUCACGUGGUCCACCUGUCGGGGGUCCGAAAAACCCAGCUAACUCACCUGCUGGAAUUUCUCUAUAAUGGAGAAGCACUUAUACCGUCGACGGAACUCACGCCGCUGAGGGAGCUGUUCGAGCUUCUUCAAAUCAAGUCGGAGCUGUUCGAGCCCAACCAACCUCAAACCUCUAGCAAUUCCGACCCCGAGAGAAUACCCACCCCUCAGCCCUCGGAGGGCCAGGAAAGCUCGAGCUACGAGUCGCAAUACGACGGCAGGCAGUCGAACAAUCCCGCGGACUGUUGCUCGGUUCUCAUCAAGACCGAGGGCUGCGAGGAGGAACCGGAAGUGGACGUGGAGGGCAUCGAGGGGGAGGCGCUACUCACGGAGAACAGGGAAAGCAGUAUAGAACCGCCCCGAAGGAGGGAUAGCUCCGAUCCUGUGAACCUCAGUCUAAAUUCUGGGACUUCCACUACCAGCGAAAGUUCCCACGACAUCGUCCCUAGGCAAGAGAAACAACUGCUGGAGAGGCGAGAGUCUCUGGAGGAGGCGGAGGAGAGAAGAAGGCAAUUGGCGGCUCGGCUCGCGCUGAGCUUGGAACCUGGAAAACGGAAACCGGAGGAAAUACCUAUCCCACCUGCGGAGGCGUACGUUGUAACGCCUCAUAGGAAACGAAGGCCAGGCUUUCACAAUGCACCUGCACAGAAUCCGGCUUUCGUACCAUUUAAUCCUGGAUUCGAGACGCCGAGGCGAUUGCAAGCGCCGCAUCCCCUCAGCGUCUCGGCACCACCGUACCUGCAGGACAGGUCGGUGACACCCCCAGGAGCCUCUCACCGUCCCCCCAGCGCGGAUCCAGCGUCGGCAGCCGGCUUGGAGCCACCCUGGGGCUCUUGGGCCCUGCCACCGGCCAGGGCCCCGCCGCCUCCACCGACGGACGAUCCGCCCAAGUCCACCCCCGUUCGCGAGUACCGGUGCAGUUAUUGUGGCAAACAGUUCGGAAUGUCAUGGAACUUGAAAACGCAUCUGCGAGUGCACACGGGCGAGAAACCGUUCGCGUGUAGACUUUGCGUCGCCAUGUUCAAGCAAAAGGCCCACCUGCUGAAGCACCUGUGCUCGGUCCACAGAGGGGUGAUAGCCGCCCCCGACAAUACCUUCACGUGUUGCUUCUGUUCGUUGAGCUUCGAUAGCCUGCAGGAGCUCAUCAGGCAUUUGUCGGGACCGCACAACAACCUGCUGCUCAGCAAGAAUCUGCACGAUUAGCGACAAGAAUUGUUCGUAGAGGCGGUGGAAAAAUUUAUUCAAAUUCUUCGUACCGGUUCUCUGUUUACCGUCUGAACAAAGUAUAACCGGUGUCUACUCGAAACUAACGGUUCGAUGACUUCAACGAUUUCAUAGAAAAAGAGGACUCGUCGUGGGACCCGUUAGCGUUGGACUUAACGUUCGGCGCGGCUGUGUAUGCUAAGCACACCGACGACAGCGUCGAUUGCAUAAUUGCAACGCGAUAAAGUAAUAGGUAGGUUCUUGUUUUGCACCGGAGGAGGGCUCUGGUACG